AUGAGACAAAACUUUAUUGGUAUGGUCGUUAGCAAUGCUAUGCAAAAGACAAUCAAAGUGAAGGUUACCAGCCAAAAGCUUCACCCUAUUGUUCUCAAGACUAUUAAAACACACAAAAACUACCUCGUUCAUGAUGAAAAGGAAGCUUGUAAGUUGGGCGAUGUCGUGCGCAUCGAAGCUUGCAGACCUUUAAGUAAACACAAGCAUUUUGCCGUUGCCGAAGUCAUCAGAAGCGUCAAGGGCUCAGCUACCUCUGUAUAG